UGGACAGAGUCAUCAUUCAAUCGCCGCUUGUCUCCUGUUGAGGUUUGCCAAUCAUCUAACCAGUGGAUCAAGAUUCAAUCAUGUUCAAGUUCCUAGUGGUCAGCUGCCUCGUUGUGGCAGUUGCUCAUGGCUCAUCCAUCGCUGCUGCAAAGAAAAUCACAGAGCGCAGUGAUUACGACACGGAAUCUAUUCCAGGAACGCCAUUUUUCGGAGUAGGCCCGGAAGAUAACAGCAUCGACAGAUCUGGAAAUUACGGAAGUGAAUCAGCUGGAAGUAGCGGCGCUGCUGGAGGUUACGGGGCUGGAGAAUCUUCCGCUUCUUUUUCGGCUGGUCCGGAAUACGGAAGCGGUAGCCAAGGAUCUAGCGGCGGGUAUGACUCAUCAUCCGGCUCAAGUGACGGAGGAUACGGCGGCCAGGAAUCCUGGACACCCGUCCAGCAACAAAUUCCGGCACCCACUAGUAGCGGAUACGGCGAUCAAUCCGGGCCAGCAGAUUUCCCAAGUGGUGGCCAAUCAUCCGGCGGCUACGGCGCAGCGGAAGUCAUUACGGUCCCAAAUGUUCCCAUCGACAGUUAUGGUGGAUCCGAGCAACAAAGUUACGGCGGAUCUUCUUCUUCCGGAGGAGGAGAUUUCGGCGGUUCAUUCUCCUCCGGUGGCUAUGGCGAAUCACCUGCUGUUGGUCCGUCCACCGACGGAGGAUAUGGAGGUGGAUCGAGUGCUGGAGGCUUCGGUGCGGCUGAAUUUCAUGGCGAAAGUCAAUCACAAGGUUACGAAGCUGAAGGAGGACCUGCUUCCGUCGGGUACGGCCAAUCCUCUCCCCAGCAGGAAUCUUCCGGUUAUGGCGGAGCACCUUCUUUACCCAUUCAAGUCCAGCCUCAGAUUCCAAGUGGGGGCGGAUACCAAAGCGGAAAUAAUCAGGGCAGCAAUGCUGGAGGUUAUGGCCAAUCCGCUGCUCCAAUCCAGCCCUUGCCUCAAUCCGGUGGCAACAGUUACGGUGGUGGUCAGCAGGUUCCCGUUCCACGUCUUCCAUCAGCUGGCAACUAUGGCCAGUCUGCUGCCCCGGCUAUUCCAAUUCCGCAAUCCAGUGGAGGUUAUGGUGGACAAUCAUCGCAGGGCUCUUCCGGCUAUGGUAGUCCACAGCCUCAACCUGUUCCGGUUCCUUCCGGCGGUGGUGGCUACGGUGGGGGCGGAUCGAGCCAACAACAACAAGGAUCUUCAGGAUAUGGUGGCCAGCAAUCUCCUAUUCCGUCAAUUCCAAUUCCGCAAUCCGGUUAUGGCGGUCAAUCAUCGCAGGGGCCUUCCGGCUACGGUAGCGCACAGUCUCCUCCAUCAGUUCCGGCUCCUUCGGGCGGUGGCGGCUACGGUGGUGGUGGAUCCAGCCAGCAACAAGGAUCAUCAGGAUACGGUGGACAGCAGAUUCCUGUUCCAAUUCCGCAAUCCGGUUAUGGCGGUCAAUCAUCACAGGGUUCUUCCGGCUAUGGUAGUCCACAGCCUCAACCUGUUCCGGUUCCUUCCGGUGGUGGAGGAUACGGUGGUGGCGGAUCAAGCCAACAACAAGGAUCAGGAUCAUAUGGAGGCCAGCAGUCCCCCGUUCCAAUUCCGCAAUCAAGUGGAAGUUAUGGCGGACAAUCAUCACAGGGGCCUUCUGGUUAUGGUGGUGCCCCUUCGGCUCCUUCCGGCGGAGCGGGCUACGGUGGAGGCGGGUCAAACCAACAAGGAUCAGGAUAUGGAGGCCAGCAGUCCCCUGUACCGGCAAUUCCAAUUCCGCAAUCAAAUGGAGGCGGUUACGGCGGACAGCCGUCGAUUCCACGACCUGCAGGCCCUUCCGGUUACGGUGGAGGCGGAUCCAGCCAGCAACAACAGGGAUCUUCAGGAUAUGGUGGCCAGUCAACUGCUCCAGUCCAAAGGCCAGCAGCGGCUCAAUCAGGAGGUAAUUACGGCGGAUCGCAAUCUCGUCCUGCUGGAUACUCUGGCGGUGCAGGAUCGAGCCAGCAAGGGUACAGCAAUGGCCCAGCACCUCAGCAACACGGACAAAGUUCAAGUGGCAAUUACGGCGGUGGCCAACAGCAGGCGCCAAUCCAACGACCAAGUCUUCCAUCCGGCGGCGGAUCAUAUCAGCCAAGACCUGCUCCAGCACAAAGUUCAGGAAAUUAUGGCGGCCAGGCCCCACGGCCUCAAUCCGGUGGCGGGUACAAUGGGCCAUCAGCUGGACCAAUUCAGAGGCCUAGUCCUCCCAGUCAAGGAGGAUAUGGAGGUUCACCACCCCGCCCAGCUCCAUCAGGUCCAUCCGGAUAUCGAGGACCAUCGGCUCCGUCUUUCAUUCCCAUUGCACAUGCAGCUCAGUCUUCCGGCGGAAGUUACGGAUCAUCCGGCCAACAACAGCAACAACAGGGAUAUGGGGGUGCACCUCGCCCAGCUCCAGCUCCAUCCGGAGGUGGUGGAUACGGUGGUGGAAAUCAGCAGCCUCCUAGACCAUCCGGUGCUGGAGGGUAUGGAUCAUCUAACCAGCAACAGCAAGGAUCGUCAGGAUAUGGAGGCCAACAACAGCAAAGGCCGUCGUCUUCAUCAAAUUACGGGGGCGCCGGUCCAUCAGCACCUCGUCCUUCCGGCGGUGGAGGAUACGGAUCGUCUCAGCCCCGCCCAUCAGUUCCAGCUCCUUCCGGCGGAGGGGGCUACGGUGGAUCAAGCCAAGGAUCGUCAGGAUAUGGUCAAUCCUCCGUAAGGCCAUCAGCUCCUUCCGGCGGUGGUGGCUAUGGAUCAGCCCCAUCACGUCCAGCUCCAUCAUCCGGAGGUGGCGGCUACAGUAGCGGAUCUCAGCAGCAGCAAUCUCGUCCAUCGGCUGGAAACUAUGGUGGUGGCAGUAGCCAAGGAGGUGGGUACGGUGGUGGAUCGGCUCGUCCUCCAGUCCCGGUUCCUUCCGGCGGUGGGUACGGAGGAAAUUCCGGAUCUAGCUAUGGCGCUGGAUCAGCCCCAGUUCCCGUGCAAGUGGCCCCUUCCAAAGGAAUCAGUUAUGGUAAUAGCCGCUCGACUGGAUUGAGCUCUCUGCCUCCGGCGAUGAUUUCAUUGGACGCUCCGUUCGUCCCGUCUGUUCUCCUUUCGUCCAGCGCUUCGUCCAGCGGAUACGGCCGUUGAUUCCAGCAUCCUUGACUGCAAAAUAUCUUUUAUUAAUAGAAGAAAUCAUUUUCGUUUUCUCACGAUAGGUUUUUAUUACCUCUGUAUCAUAGCUUCCACUUUCCCACAUGUAAUUCCGCGUUUUUAUUCUUGACAUUUCGUCAGUUUCUGGUCGACUCGAUGAGAAAACAAUCGACACCUUUAUAACCAAAAACACAAUUUUAUAGAGCACAUUAGUAUAGGCUAGCAUAAGGGAAAAGAGCAUCACCAUUUCACCAUCAUCGGUUGCCGUUGUCUCAUUCGUGUAUCUCAACGGCUUCGUUUAUAUAGAUCAAAUAAAAAUUACGAUUACUCCAA